GCAACGGGACUGUUCUUUCCACGGGGAUUGUUGUUCGCGUUUACUCGCGAUCAUCACGGACCUACGGCAGGAUUUUCAGUCCCCAAGGAGCCCAAUGUGGGUGGAAGUGAGAUGGCAUCCAGGGAAAAGAAACCCUUAGCGCCUUCCAAAUCGAAACAGAAGGCGAGUAACGAUUCCGUCUUGCCAUCCAAUGAGGUCAAGAAUAAGAAAGGCAAGUCAUUGCUGAAUGUAAAACAGCAGCUUGCGGCACAAGAGAUUUUUGAUACAGUAGCGACAGGUAGUCAACUUCCUGUGAAAAUAGAGGCGAGCUUACCGCGUAGGAAUGCUCUUAAAAAUCUGAAACGCAAACAGAACCUAAGAGCAACCAAGGCAAAUCUUAUCAAGUCCAAGGUUACCAAGAAAGUGACCAACAGGAUAGCUCCUGACAUUAAGAGAGGUGCCAAGGGUGCGAAGAGAGUUCGACAGUUGGAAGAUUCGACCGCCAAGGCAGCAGAUAUCGCUCAGAAAUUUUCAGAAAAUCAGACAAACAACGGGGACAACGAAGGCAAAGGAACUGAAACACCAAGUAAAAGUGCCAAGAGUAAUCUCAGGACCAAAAAAACCAAAUCUGACGUUCAAAAUAAGGAAGAAGCUGGUGCUGCGUCGAGUGCUAAAGUCAGUCCGAAACUUGGCAAGAAAGGAAAGACAACGGAAAGUCCAGAUUCUUUGUCUAAGAGUGCCAAAACAGUCAAGUUAACGAACUUGAAGAAGAACAGUUCCAGCCUUGUAAAAGUUACGGAGACUGAUAACAAGAGCGGGAAAAACCGGAAGAGCACUGGCAAGGAAUUAGAUUGCGGUACUAGUGCAAGAAGCAAUACUAGUGUUGAAAAAUUUCCAAAGACGAUUUUAGAUAACAAAAAUUCUAUCGAUCUUACCAUAGACGAAGUCAUUGCUUCAAUGUUAAGCGACUCCGAAGUUGAAAGUCAACAAAGCGUUAUAGAGAAGGCUGAAGGAAAGGCGAAAAGGAGUAAGAAAAUGUUGGUAGAUGAAAAUAUCGCUUGCGACAUCGAGAUAAAGAAAGAACCUGACACCGACGACACCAAAGGUACAUCGGACGGAGAGUCUAUAGAAACGGAUCAAGGACUUCAGAAUGCCAUUCAGUUGAGAAAAAGAUCGAAAGUCGGAUAUAUCGAGCAAUCGUCUCAAAGAAGUUUGCGAAAUGGAAAGCAGCGUCAAUUGUCAGAUUUGGGAAAUUCCGCAGAUAACGAUCCUAAAAAGCGGCACAGGAUAAAUUCGGAUGGAACUGUUAUUUCAGAUAAUUCGAUCGAACAUAUCUCGGAUUGUAAUACAAAUAUCGACUCUUGUUUUUCGGAUCCUGGUUGUAAUGAAUCACAAAAUAUUGCAGCAUCGAGCAAAGAGGAGAUUUGUUCCAAGGAUGAAGCGUUUAAUUUUGAAGAGGAUAUUGAGACCGGAUCGGAAAUAGAAAACAAUAAUAACAGCGAUCGCGCAGACAGGACAGGCGAGACCGGACCUACACUACGUUCUAAAACUAAAGCUAAAACUACGGAAUGCGAAGCGACGAGAGACGAUGAUAUUAAAAUCGAAGACGUGCGAAUAGUGCCCAGAUGUACGGAAACGCAAGAAGAUUCAAAGAAGCUCAAUAAUUUCGAGCAAAUGAAGAGGGAUAACAUUUUAGCCAAAUUCACAGACAAAUCUAAAGGUCGCAGAAGUAGUUUAAAUAUAGACAUGAAGAAAACAGUCAAUUCCUUUUACAGCACAGAUAAAUCUGACGGCAACUCAAAAUCGCAAAUAGAUCAAAUGAUUGAAGACAUUAAAUUAAAUAUUGCAAAAUCCAUUGAAAAUAAGAUCUUUGGUCCGGAAAAAGGUCUUGGAUUAAGUAAAAACUUUGACGUGCCUAAGAUUGAAGAAAUUGUCGCACCACUCAGUACGGAGUCUCAGAAAAUGGGACUGGAGGACAAUAGUGACGAAGAUAAGUCCACGGUUACGAAAAAUGAAAUCACGUCAGAAAAUUCAGAAAAUUCAGUACCAAAAGUGGCCGACACUGCCAAAGAGAUUGAAGAGAAACUAGUCAAGUUUGAUAUUGGGGAAGCAGAGACACAUUCGCAGAAUGUUCAAGAAAACAAGUCCUCCGAUAAUGACGAAAUUAAUGACGUACAUAGUAACUGCGAGUCUACAUGUAAUAUAAAUAAUAGUAAUGCUACGGAACAAUCGUACAAGAAUGUAGAUGAGCCAGAAAAAGAAAAUGUUAGUUGCAGUACAACCAGUGGCGCCAAUGUCAGUAGCACCGAAUCGAAGAUAUUAGACGAAAAUAAGAAGAUUACGAGGAAGUCUUCGAGAAUCAAUGAUAAAAAUUUUACUGAUAGUGUCAGUAACAAUGAAACGAGAAAAUCGAAUAGGACACCAAAUAAAACAGUUCCAAGAUCGGAUAACAUAGAGGAUGUAGCGGAUAUACAAAAAUCUACGAACGAAGAAACGAUUUCAGAGGAUCAAAUUUUGGAUGAUGAUAUUGUAGGUUUACCAGUGUCUGCAUCGAUGUCCCCUGAGCAAACAGAGAAGAGACUUACAGAAGAACAUAUACAAGCAAACGAAACAGAGGAAUUAGAAAUUGAAAUCUCUCUGAACGUUAUAGAUAAUUCAGAAGAAGCAGAAACAUUGGAAAGUAUAUCUCGUGAGGUAGAAAGAUUAGUAGCGGAAGAUCACUCUGCCAAACCAUUACCAAAUAUUACAAAUGACACGAUACGAAAUAAAGAGAUGAUGUCUGAUACAAAGAUAUUGGAUAAGGAACCGGAGGUUCAAAAUGACCAAGAAGCACCUGAAAGCUCUUCGCCAUUAGGAUCAGCUGUCGAUGACACAAACGAAACACCAAGCAAAAAUUUAGACGAGAAGUCUGACACAACUGAACUAUUACGAGACAACGAUGCGUCUUGUAAGACGGUGCAAAGCGUAAAACGUCCAAAAGUUAACAAUAAUUUAUUACACGUACCAACUACUGUAAACUGUGAUUCAAAUAGUAGCUCUGUAAAUUCUUCGUCUGUACAGUGCACCUCUGAUCGACUGAACACUGAAACCAAGGAGGACCUCGACCAUGAUAGUAGUUGUAAAGAAUUAAACAAAUCUAGCGUUAUAUCAAACACGGACGAGAGUACAUUGGAACAAAAACCAGAACAUAAUGAAGCUACUCUAAUAGCGGAUCAAAGCAAUAAAUCCUUGGACGGUAAAAAUCCUGAUGAGCGAAAACUUCUUAACGAAGAAAACAAGAGAGUAUUACGAACUCGUGAUAAACAGAAAAAGGUUGAAACUAAGCAAACCGCAUUUCGCAACCGAGAACACGCCGACAACGUAAAAAUCAAGGAAGAAUUCGAAGCGAUUCAAAAAACGCAGAUUUCCGAUGUAUCGAAUGACGCUAAUGAGAUGGUACAGGGCUCGGUGGAUGAUGCCGAAAAUUCUCAGAAAACAGAAGAUGUAAAUGAUUCAUUGAACAACGAAUUAGAUGUCGGUGAACUCGAGCCUCAAUCUCGCAACCGUCGCGGUAGAGAGAUGAAAAAACGCAAAGAGGAAUUAUCCAACAGUAGUUCCAAGACCAAACGUGUCAAGCGAGAUCUGCGAAGGUCCGAUCAACAGAAUAAAGAGGAAACCCUGCUGGACAAUGAGGUUGCCAAAAUUAAUGAGAACAACAGAUCAUUCUUGAGUAAAUACGGUAGCGCCAGCGACGAGCGCACAGAUAGUUUUCGUGGAUUUUUCGAGCAAGGUGGACAAAGUGGAUUGGUGGACAAAGUCGAUAAAGAGCCUAAUUUGCGCAGCAAAUCGGAAAAUGAUAUCGAAACGAUCGUCGGCGCAAAGGUCGGCAAGAACGAGGAACGACAACUCUCACGAAAUCUAUCCGAGAAUCAUGUGUCGCAACAAACAUCUGACAAUAUAGAUAUAUUGGAGAACGAACGCAAGACUCUCAAGACACCGGAACUCGCGCACAAGGAUUCCGAUGAAACUUCCACGUCCGGCGAAUCGUUCAAUAGCGGUACACCGAAGAUUUUGGAAACGCCUGAAGAUAAGGAGAGAAAAGAAUCCAUUUUGCGAUUAUUGGGACUCGAGUCUUUAGAAGAGGCUGCGAAGAGACAAAAUCAGCAAAAGAAGAAGGAACAGUUAUCUACAGGUACUUUAAAGACGAUCAUCAGAGUAUCGCAAAAGGAGAAAGACAAGGACAAGAGAGGAUCGCGAUCUCCAUUGAAAAUGGUUCUCAAGCAACAGGGACGUGGGGACGGAGAGGGUGAUUCACCCGAAUUCUACACCAUUCAAAAGGAGUUUGGAACCAGUGGUUUGGGAGAUAGCAGCUCUGGUGCGAACCGAAAGUUCACUACUAACCACAGACAUUCUUGCGAUGACGAUAAUGAAGAAGCUACGCCUAAGGAUCGUCAGUCGCUUGUUAUUCCAGAGAAAUCAUCUUCUUUCUCUAUACAUCCUGGGCGCGUGUGUGCCGACGUAUGUUGCUAUUGCUUUGGCAAGUUUGGUUCUUUGGACACGCCAAUGCAUCUAGCUCAAAUAAAAUCUGAUGAAAGACGCAAAAAGAUCUUGAACAUAGAGAGACACCUUACAAAAGAUUCGUGUCUGUGCGACGCAUGCUAUCGUCAUGUUGAUAGAAAGGCGAACACUAGCCCGGCAAACAUGCAGCAGAAGCCGCAGAAGCAACAUAGGCAAUUAAUGAUGUCAAAGUGCUCAGCUCGUGAUUGUCGAGAUCCCGCGCGGCAUCACGUUAAACGCCGUUGGUUGCUCAAGAUAAGAACUGGCCUUCAGAAUCAGGUCGACAUAGACUGGGAUUCGAGUCAAAACACCACAAUGUCGUUCUGCGUUAAUCAUUACGAGAAAAUCGGACACUUUUUGACUUGUGCGCUCUGCAAACGCCGACUCACUCGACAACACACUCACCAAUUGAGUAUCCCAGAGAUCAACGAAUUAAAUCACAAGCUCAGUCAACAAGGAAUCCCAGUCUUACUAGCGGCCGGUACGUUCGUGUGCAAGUUAUGUCGUUACUUCGCGCAGUUGCAACUCAAGUACAGGGAGGUCGAAAAUAUGAAUAUGAAUCACAGGGCCUUCUGCAAAAGUUAUCGAAAACGGAUCCUGCAUAAUCUCGGAAUCGACAUCGAAGACGAGGACGACGAUUCGCAACAGAUGAAUCAAGCGAAUCAGACCAAGGAUAAGAAGAGUAAGAAAAGCAUUAAAAAUUUGCAGGGCAAAAGUGGAAGCUCUAAGUCUCCGGAACGUACGACAAGCGGUACGUCGGACAAGUCGACCCCGGAACCAAACAAGAAUGAGAGUACGGUGGAAUGCAGCUCCGAGAUGGGUAACGAGAAUCGCGCUCCCAAGUCGAACAACGACGAGAAUGGUAGUAUGGACGUUCAGUAUCUCGAGAACACGGUGGAGAACCUGAAGAAGCGCAAGAUUCUUGAUCUACAUGGGUAUACGUCAAGCACAUCGAUCUCCUCGCUUUGCGACGGGAUGAUGGCGAAUGGAAUGACGCUCGGAAUGGAUGAGGUUACCUUGACGCGAUUGCCAAAGAGGCCGAGACUUAGUAACAACAAUAACGAUAUAGCGCCUGUGGUGCAAAGACUCGGUGCAAAUCCCUCCAUAAGCGUACGAACGCUCUUUCCAGGCGAGGAGGAAAUGAAUCUUCACGUAAACAUCGAGUUCCAGAAUGUGCGCGAAGUCACGCCACAAGGAUGGGAGAAAUGUGCAACAAUGAUCCAGUAUGAUCGCGAGACCAAGCAUCUGUGGCAGCAGUUGCAGCGACCGUACGGCAACCAAAGCUCCUUCUUGCGACAUUUGAUCCUUUUGGAGAAGUAUUACAGAGCUGGCGAUCUAAUACUGGCGCCAAACGCCUCGCGAAAUGCGAUCAACUACUCUACAUCGGUGCAAAACAGACUAAUAUCGUAUGAAGGUCCGGAGAAAAUGGAUGAACCUAUAAUGGAACCGAUCGCGACAGAGUACAGUAAUUCGCGCCGUUUGAGCGGUGGUUACGUUUUGGAGAAAGACAGACUAUCCGUGCCCGGUACAAGUUUGAUGUCCAGACCAUUGACUAGCGGCGCAACGUCAUCGCAUUCGGCCAAAAUAAACUCAUCGCGAAUGCUCAAACUCAGCUCGGGGGUGUCGAUCAUAAAAAAGUCUCCUCCAAAUUUGCAACGAUUGACUAUACCAUCUACUAGCGGCAGCGGUGGUGGCAGCGGCGAUGGUGGUGCCGGUGGCAGCGGUGGUAGUGGCAAUAAUAAUAGCAGCGGAACUGCUGCGACAACAAACGGUGGCGGCAACGUCAAACGGAAAGACAGUCCAAGUUUGUCCUCUGUUUACGGCAGCGGCGGCAAGGUGUUCCAAUUGUGCGAGUCGGACAUGAAGCGAAUGCAAGCAUUCAAACGGCAGAAAUUUAACGACAAACCUGUUACCGGCACGAACAACGGAUCGUCGACUAGUGGAAGCUUCAGAUCGCAAUACCAAAAGACACAAAUUGCCAUUUCCGGCCACAAUCAGCAAUUUCAGAGACACUUGCGAAUGCAGCAAGAGAUGUUGAAUCGUCAAAGCCGCGGUGAUUUUGAACCUCUAAUUUGCGACAUGACGCGUACCGCUAUUUGCACGAAUGAAAACAGCCCAACAACCAGCCAGAAUAUUCUUCACAACCUCAAUCUGCCCAAGUCGAUCCAAGUGACAACCAAGCCGACGUCAACAAGCACUCCGAUUCCGAUUUUGCCGAAAAUCCCGAAAUCUUUGACGGUAAUACCGCAAACUGUCACGAGAUCCGCUGAAAAAUAAGAAUGAGAGACGUAAGUAGACAUUGCGCAGUCUCUUUUUUUUUCUUUGUUUCUUCUUUUUGAAAAGAAGGAAACACAGCGGUAAGGACGAAAGGUCGAUUAUACAAGAUUGUAUUUGUACGCUUUUUUUACGCGUUGACAUCGAUCAAAUCGAAAUUGCCGCCAAAGUGAAGCAAAAUGAUAAUGAAAAUUAUGGUCAAUGCUCUGAGAGCAAUUUUUGCCUUAUGUGAGCGCAUUGUGAUGCACUUACUGAGCCUGAACGCUCAAAAACACAAACAUUGAUUUUAUGUUACGGUUAAGACGGGACAAAUUAUAGCGAUUUAUACAUACUUGUUGCAUCGAUCGUGAUCACAAACUUGUAGAUAGAUUAGUAGGAUAAUUCGAGGAAAUUGAGAUACUUGGAUUCUAACGAUAUAUUAUACAUAUAUAACAACCAAAGUUUCGCUAUAAAAUGCAUUAAUGAAAAACGUAUUAAACAAUGCUGUUUUCACAGAAAGUGCCUAAAGUGACAGGAGGUAGGUGAGAAACCGUUACUUUACAACCGUUACAUUAAUUACGUAAUUAUGCAUAUGAGAUUCGGAUUCUCGAUGCGGUAAACGUAGGUACAUACACUGCGAGUCUCUAAUAAGUAUUGGUACAAUUCGCAAAUAGAGUUAUCUUUCGUGAAGAAAAAUCGAUAGAAAGAUCGAAGGCCGAAGUUUACAGUGACAAUACGAACAGAAUAAAAUCUCAAAAUCUAGAACGUUUUGUAUUAUAGAAGGAGUAGGGGACCAUGAUAAGGUGAUUCCCCAAGC